GAAGAAUAGUUUUAUGGAUUAAACGUUCCUCAGGUUCAACUGAACGUUAACCAAAGAGAUGACGGUUUGUAAUCUCUGCACUGAUUGGUGAGCUCGUGCGUUCAGCUUCAGACCGGAUGCAGUUAAAGACUGGGCUGGAGUCUGUGGAUUCCGACAGCCCUGAAGGCAGCAGCGGAGUAGAGGAGGAGCAGCUGAGGGUCUCGGAGCGGGCCACCGUAGAUUGAUGAUUUGCAGCUCAUCAGCUGAUUGGCUCAUGUUAACAACCAAGCAUGGACUCUGAGGCCACGCCCUGAACCGCAGGACUCAUCCCGAUUGGCCAUGGUAGCAGAGGGGCCGCCUCAUCCUAAGAUGGAGCAAUUGGACGAGCUGAGCUUAGGGGCGGGGCUUGAAGUAGCAGAGGAAGCAGGACGUGGUGAGGAUCCUGAACCGGCCAUGGUUCAGCCGCCGGACGCCAUGACGAUGGAACAGUGCUGGAGGCGACAGUUCCCGGACCGCCGGCGCUGCUCGGUCGUCCUUCUCAGGCUUCCUGCGGAGACGCUGCGGCUCUGGCGGCGGGGCGGUGCAGAGAGGAGGCGGAGCCAGCGGGUCAGGUCACGUGACCUGCGGUCCGGCUGGGACUGGAUGGAGCCGCUGGACCUGGAGAACGGCGGCGCCGGAACCCGAGACUUUGUCAAGAAGGUGGAGGUGAACGCCCCUGAAGAUGACCCUGGGAAACCCCAGAGCCUACUGCGACUGAAGCAACGCCUGGAGCCGCCCUCCGACCCCGCCCACCCAGAUGAUGGUGCCGCCCUGGGUGAGCCGCCGCAGAGCGACCACACCUACUGCAUGGGCUUCAAUACACCUGAGAGCAGCAGCCAAUCACUGGAGGACAGGCCGCCGUCCCCAUUGUCCAGCUGGUCAAAAAGAGACGGAGACGGCCGCUGCUCACCUGCAGAGAAGAAGAAGAAGAAGAAGAACGUGCCGAGUGUGGUGCUGAGGAAGGUGACAGGUGAUCAGUGGGUCCUCAGGACUGGAUCUGUUACAGACGAGGAAGUGGAGGAUGAUGAGAAAGUUCAGAUGAAGGACAAGAAGAGAGACGAGACGUCAGCAUCAAGACAGAAGAUGCGCCGCCAGGCCUGUCGGAGCUGCCCUGCGUGUCUGAGGGAGAACUGCGGCGUUUGCACGUUCUGCCGCGACAUGAGGAAGUUCGGCGGUCCGUCCCGCAUGAAGCAGAAGUGUGUGAGGCGGCGCUGCCUGCUGCUGAACGCCCAGAAACAGCCGACCAAGCAAGAGACCCGACCCGGAGACGACACGGUCUGUCCGGGCACCUGGCAGGACGGCGUCCGCCGCUGGAGACACGAGACGACGGCAGGAAGGCGAGAGGAGAUGAGGAAGAGGAUGUGGAUGAAGAGGAGGAAGAGGAAGAGGGGCGGAGCCUCCGAGACCCGGAACGGCUGGAUCGGUCCGCUGAUGAAGAGCGAGGAAGAGGAGACGCCAUUGUCCCACUGUCACCAGUUCACUGGAACCAGUGGGACCAGUUCAACUCCGACUGGGACUCACCUGCAGUGGAACCUGACCCUGGACCGCGCCCACCUGUCCUCCGCUGUCCUCUCUGACUCCGCCCUCUCCUGUUGUCUGGCCUGUUGCCUCAGAGGCGAAGGAGGAGGAGCAGCCAGUCAGCAUCGAGCUUUACGGCAGGGAGGCGGAGCUUGGACCGGGACGUCUGAGGAGGGCAAGUUCUACGAAGUGGAGGUGGAGCUGCUGGACCCCGAGUCCGACCAGAACGUAAUGACAUCAUCACCGGGAAGCUCUGACAUCACCGCUGACAUCACUGCUGACAUCACUGCUGACAUCACCUGCAGUCGGCCGGACUUUAUAUCGUUGGAACCGCAGGGGUUCCUCCUGUUUGGGGGCGGAGCCAGCCACGCAGGGGGGCGGGCCUUGUUCCGUCUGCUGAAGGCGCUGAGGAGGACGGUGCUGCCGGCGCAUUGGGUCGCCGUGAUGGCUGCAGGACCGGAGCUGCAGCUGCUGCAGUGCUGCAGGCUGUCCUCCAUGAGGGACGCCAUCGUCACGUCCAAACGGAUCGCAGCUUCCGGGUCAGCGUGCGGUCCCGCCUUCUGCCCGACGGCCACCGCCUCUACAGAGAUUGGUGUCUCUGCUGCUGGAUCUGGAGCGACUCGCCGUCUGCCGUGGCUGCAGGGUUCAGGCGGCGUCCCGUCAGCUGCCGCUCCGCUCCCCAGACUGCCACCUGCUGGUGACUCGCCCUUCCACACCUGCUUGCCGUGCUGGAAGAGGAGGAGGAAGAGGAGGGUGAAGAUGAAGAUGGAGCAAUGGUGGAGGAGUUUCAGUCUUGUUAAAGUGCCUCACCAUGUUGAGCUGGGGCUUCUGGGAGAGUGGAUCCCUGCCAGGGAACCAUUAGGGAACUAUCAGAGGCCCAGCAGGGAACCAUUAGGGCCCUCCUGCCCUCUGCUGGUGGUUCUGUGA